CAGCGCCGCACCAGCCCUUUAUUCCAGCAAUAACAAUAACGUGUGGAGAAACAAAAGCUACUAAGCAAUCUGUAAACACAGCUAUAAAAUUAUUCCAUCUCAGUGUAUACGUAGUAAAGAUAGGAGAGGAAGAACUGUGAGAUUCUCCAGAGGAAAAUAAGAAGGAAUUUGUAGCUUGAGAAGAGAUAGAACCCUAAGGAAUGGGUCUCAUUGAGGUCGCCCAGAACUUUACAGCGAUCGUAUGUGGGUCAGAUGUUUUAAUUUAUAAUAAUAGAAAUUCUAAAAAUCAAAAACUUGAUCCAGUCAGUGAUAAUGAAAAUCACGAGAACUCAAAGGUUAAAAUUCUCAACCAGGACAGCAUCGAUGAAAAGCACAAAAACUCGAAGACUCAGAUAAAUGAUCCAUUCAGAAAGUAUGAAUCAUUCAAUGUCAGUGAAAAUCAGAAGGCCAAAGAAGGGAACAGUAAUGGUGGAAGCAGCAAUAAGACCAAGGAAAGUUGCUCUGAUAUGCACGAAGUUCUCUGGAUCGAUGGAUUUGAAGUUUACUCUUUCUCUCCUGAUAAAACAUUAUACCCAGGCAGUUUGUAUAGUAUUGUAUCAGUGAAAGCAUCUCGGGACGGUCAGUAUUUAGCUAUAGCAUUUGAGGAGAAAAGUGCGGUGGUGUGGUGUACGAAGACUUGGACGCGACUCUGCAUUCACAGACUUGUGAAGAGACCCAUGGCUAUUGCCAUAACAUCUGACUCCUCAACACUGCUUGUAGCUGAUAAAUCUGGUGAUGUGUAUAGUUUCCCAUUGAAAGGAAGUCAACCAAAAGAUAAGCAGGACAGAUUAUCUGAGCAGGAGAAAAAUGAAGGAAAGGGAGAAGAGAACCAAGAGGAGAAUAAUGAAGGAGAGAGAGAAAAGUACCAAGAGAAGAAUAAUGGAGAGAGAGAAAAGGACCGAGAGGAGAAUAAUGGAGAGAGAGAAAAGGAUCAAGAGGAGAAUAAUAGAGGAGAGAGAGAAAAGGACCAAGAGGAGAAUAAUAAAGGAGGGAGAGAAAAGGACCAAGAGGAGAAUAAUAAAGGAGGGAGAGAAAAGGACCAAGAGGAGAAUAAUAAAGGAGAGAAAGAAAAGGAGGUAACUCCAGUGACACCAAAGCCUAUACUGGGUCAUCUGUCAAUGCUUCUGGACAUGGCAAUUACUGAGGACGACAAAUAUAUCAUCACGUGCGACCGAGACGAGAAGAUUCGUGUGUCUCACUAUCCCAAUUCUUACAACAUUGUGUCCUUUUGUCUUGGACAUAAAGAAUUUGUUACACAAGUGGAGCUUCUGCCUCAAAACAACAACCUCCUCCUGUCCUGCUCUGGGGAUGGAACCCUAAUACUUUGGGAUUAUUUGCAAGGAGAGUGUUUGGCUCAGCUGGACACCAGAGAAUACACACCGUGUGAUCUCUUACACAUGUAUGAAGAGGAUAGGAAACAGAAUGAAAAAUCUGAGUCAUUCAAGAAAUUCCUUCCUGGUUUCCCAGGUGUCAAGCAUUUUGCUGUACGCUCCAUAAGUGCAACGCAACAUAUUGUGGCUGUAGUGCUAGACAGAGUCCCUGCUAUUCUUCUGUUCCAAAUAGAUGUUCCUAAUAUGACACCAAUAGUGGUGAAAGAACUCGAGGAUCAACCAGGAGAAGUGGCAUGGCUACAGUCCGGGGAACUGAUCCAUGUGCAUGAAUUUUCACGUGAUAUAAUCACUGUAUCUGAGCUUCAGAAUAAUGACUUAAAACCAGUGGCAGAACAUCCAUUAGUCUCUCUUGGCAGGAGAUGUGCCGGUUUAUUUAAUGGUGUGUAUGAUGGGCCUGAUUUUGAUGUUCUUUACAAGCAGCAGUACGAUAAUGUUGCAGACUACAUGAAGAAGAAACAAAAACGGUUGGCUGUGGAAAAAGCUGCACAAGAUGGCAUAAUUGUUCCUUUCAAGAAAGGACGUUGGUCAAAAUAAUAAUAAUAAUAUUGA